UAGCGUCUCGCUGAUGCCCUGUGUGGGCGGGACUUCCUGGUGUUCUACUCCGUGAUUGGCGGGUCCAGCCUUUGACCCCAGUGCGCAGACUCGUGCUUCUCUCCGGUACAAUGGCGGCAGUUGGAGCGCCGUCCUCCGUGUUUUCUCGGGUUUCUGUCCACGGAGCAGCAGCGGGAGAGUUAAUAAAGCUGUAAGACAGAAACAGCAGCAGUUGGUGAACUCUGGAAAGAAGAGAAACGGUUUGAGGCUCAGCUGGAACUGCUCAGUAACUGUUAAAGGAAAGUUUGGAGAGAGAAAAGCUAGCAGAGAUGUGGAGACAGCAGGUCAAACAGCGACUGGAUGCAGCAGAGGAGCAGAGACACGAAAUACUGGAUGCUGCUUUCAGCCCCGAACAUCGGCUGCACACAUCAGAGCUGCCUGCAGAUGUUCAGCAGGUUCUGCUGGUUAAAGAAGAACCGAGUCCUGAUCUGGACCAGAACCACCCAGAACCCGUCCACAUGAAGGAGGAAGAAGAGGAACCCUGGAGCAGCCAGCAGGGGGAGCCGCUCAGCGUGAAGGAGGAGGCUGAUGCCUCCAGGUCUCCAGUCAUUGCUGUUCUCAUAAAGAGCGAAGAUGAUGAAGAGGAACCUCUGACCUCUCAUCUUCAUCAAACAGAAGAUGAACUGCCAAGCAGCAGCUCAGCUCAGCAGAUGAAGGCAACAACUGAAGGAGAGGAAGAUGCAGAAGAUGUGAACACUCCCAGAGACGCCGCCGACUCUUCAGAGCCUGAGGUCACUGAUGAUGGAGAGGAUGAUGAUGUGGAGCAGCCUGACUCAGGGUCUGAAACUGAAGACAGUGAUGAUGAGUGGAAGGACAGCAGGACUCCUGAUUCAGGGGUCAACAGAUCCCUGAGCUGCUCUGAAUGUGGCCAGCAGUUUAACAACAAGCGCUCUCUUCAGAGUCACAUGGCCGAUCAUUCAGCACCAACGUCUUCAAGCUCAGCCAGUGAGGUCCAGGCAGGUCUGAAGCUGUAUGGUUGUCCUGACUGCGGUAAAUGUUUCAACAAGAAGGAUUAUCUCAACAAACACAUGAAAUGCCACACAGGAGAGAAACCCUAUGGGUGUGAUGUUUGUGAACAAAGAUUCAGAGUUAAGUCUAAAUUAAAUCGACACAUGAAAAUUCACACAGGAGAAAAACCAUUUAGUUGUGAGGUUUGUGAACAAAAAUUUAGAGUUAAAUCAAGUUUAAACAGACACAUCAGAGUCCAUACAGGAGACAAACCGUUUAGCUGUGACUUUUGUGGACGAAAAUUUCGUAAUAAGUCAACUUUAAACAAUCACAUCAGAAUUCAUGCUGGAGAAAAAGCAUUUAUUUGUGAUGUUUGUGAACAGAAGUUCAGGUUAAAAUCAACUUUAAAAAGUCACAUGAAAGUUCACACAGGAGACAAACCAUUUAUUUGUGAUGUUUGUGGGCAAAGAUUUAUCGGAAAGUCUGCUUUAAACCGUCACAUGGCAAUCCACACAGGAGAUAAACCGUUUGGUUGUGAUGUCUGUGGGAAAAGAUUCAGUGAAAAUUCUCAUUUAAACUGCCACAUGAGAAUCCACACAGGAGACAAACCGUUUAGUUGUGAUGUUUGUGAGCAAAGAUUUCGAUUCAAGUCAAAUCUAAACAGACACGUGAAAAGUCACACAGGAGAAAGACCUUAUGGAUGUGACGUUUGUGGACGAAGAUUUUUUCAGAAGUCUGCUUUAAAUGGUCACAUGACAAUCCACAGACGAGAUAAACCAUUUGGUUGUGAUGUAUGUGGUCGAAGAUUUACUGCAAAACCCACCUUAAAAAAUCACAUGAGGAUCCACACUGGAGGAGAAACUGCUUAGGGAACAAGAAAUGCUUGUUCUGCCCUUCAAGAACGGGCUCUCUCUGGGUACUCCCACGGUCUAAAAACAUGGCUACCCGUCUCUCUAAACUGCCUUUGUGUCCGCACACUUUAUGUUCUUUGUAUAGACAAUAAUGGACAGAUAUGGAAAAAGCCAUGCAGUGGACGAACAGGAUUUAUCGAGUCUCAUGGCAGUUCAGGCUGUAAAAAAUCACAUGUAGAUCCACAAAGGAAGAAUUAUAAAUAUUAAGACAAUGCAGGAAUGUUCACCCUUUAUUAAACCAACAGAAGUAUUUUGUGAUGCAGGUUAUUGAUUGAGUUGAACUAAAGUUGAUUGAUCUCAUUGAUAGACUAUCAGUUCAUUGAUGAGUGGUGAUUUUCUUAAAAUCCUGAGUUUUGCCUUGAAGAGGCUGGGCUGUCUUUCCUUCCAUCAAGGGCUACAUUUUCAUAAAAUACUGAAUUAAAAAAGGAACGUCAUAUAUAUUUUAACAUUUUUUGUGUGAAACACUGACUGAAUAGACAGAAAUUUUUAUUUCUCACAUUAUUAAAUUUAGACAAUUUAGACUCAUAAAAUAUUACAGAACUUGAACCUGUUUUAUUUCUGAUCGAGGGAGGAAAUCCAUUUGAUUAUUGGGGGCAAAUUGUUUAAGAGCAGCAAAGUUACAGCGAAACGUAACGUGAAAUAUGGUGUAAAACGUUUUAAUGUGUCCAAGCUGUAAGUGGUGCUGAUGCUUAACAUGUUUUUCUCAGUAAACUAAAAUGUAAAUGUUUAGUUUGGUUCAGAGUCACUGAUAUAAUCUCUGCUACACCUUUAUGAAAAUUUAAAGCUCUAAAUAAAAACCAGUUUUAAUGAGUGUCUCCACUUAAUACAAUUCCUCAGAAAUAUUCAUUUAUUGCAUAUAUCUGUUGUUUAGUGGUAAAAUAUACAAGUUAAAUAUAUGAAUAUGUUGUUAAAUUAUUUCCUUCAUUCAUUAGAUGCUAGCAUCACCCAGUUCUACAUCAUCUAGUUCUACAUUCCUUCACUGAGACUUUAAUCUGCUGCUAGUUUAUAAAUCACUGAAAGAUUAAAGAUCUGCUGCUGGAUCAACCUGCUGGUUCUGGUUCUGGUUCUGUUCUGUUCUGCAUCAGAACCAAACAUCCUUUUUUUUCACUAAAGUUCAUCUGAAUAAUUCAAAGAGGAAAAGGAAUCGGCUGGAUUAUUCAGGUGAACUUUAGUGAAAAAAGGAUGACCGAAUCGUACAGAGUUUAGGCAUUCAGCUAACAUAACUCUUUUCUCGGAAACCAACGGUCCUCAGUUCACUUCUUCCUCUAACCUCAAGUUCUUCUUCUACUAGUUCUAAAGCAUCAUGGGAUAUAGAGUCCAUUCUGUUAAAGGUCCACAAUAGUCAGUUUUGAACCAGAUGCUAACUAUCAAAUGCUAACUAGAUUUAUGAAACAACUGCAACUAAAAUAGUUACUUAUAUUAAAUUAUAAUAUCCCAAAUAAUAAGUCUUAAGCAAAUCCUGCUUAAACCCAAAACAAAUUCUCAACAUCCUGAUUAGCAUCAGUUAGCAUGGUCACGCUAACAGAGGCUGAACAUCCAUUUGACUGUUUCCUUUCCCCGCUCUGCCUACAUGAAGCCUUUGUGUAAUCUGCAGAAGAGUGUAGGUCACCUGGUCAGGUUAGAGAGAGACUGGGUCAGAGUCCAGGUGAGGAUCAGCAGAUUUACUUCCACAGGUGGAGCGUUGCAGCUUUUAUGCUCCACCUGAUGUGGCCAAGUGUAGCAAAUGAGCCGAACGCAUCGACUGAAAACGUCCUCAGAAGAAGCACUCAUGUUGGUUUGAAUAAAAUAAAAGAAGGAACUUAUGAAAUGUGUAAUUAAAGUAACUGAUUCAAACAGCUUUCUUCAAAAAAAACAUCUUCCCUAAAAUGAGAAUUACAAAAUUAAACCUUUACACCAGAAAAGACAGCAGUGGGCAAAUCAAUCAGAUUCUACAAUAGAAAUACAGAAAAGCAGCACGAAGCAUUUUAUACACAGAGGUUAAAACUUGACAUGCAGCUUUAAAUGAAACAUUUCUGGAAGCUUCUUAUUUAACCACCUCAAAGCUGUUAGAAGACUCGCAGCUGGGAUGAUGGUGGGAGUUUGUUGGUUCAAUUCCCGGUGCACAGCAGCCUCGUCUCCACAGUCAGGAAGCUUGGCGUGUGAAGGGGUGAAGGGGUGAAUGUCCUCUGGGUCGGUCACCUCCAGAGCAGUCUGGACUUUCUCCUCUGGACUCAGACCUGGGAGGUAGAAGCUAAGCAGUUGUAACAAAACCACUGUGUUUGUUUUCCUUUGACUAAAUAAAGUAAAUAUAUCAGAGUUUUUGUAGAACAGUUUCCGUUACUUGGCUGUUGAAUGAUUCUAAGUUUCCACUGUUUAAAACGGGUUUUUGGGCAGCAUCAUGCUGGGCUGAGAUUAGCAUAAAAAGCGGCGCAACCGGCGAGGGAGACGCGCACGGCAGGAGAUUUGCCUUUAUGAACGUUUGAAACAAGAAGAAGAGAAAGAAAAGACAUAAACGGCAGUCAGGGUUCGCCCUGCGCCACAGACGGUGUGUCUGGAAACUGGAUCGGCACCGAGGGGGAAGAACGACAUCUGGAAUUUGUUCUUUCUGCAGGUUUUUGGUGCCACCAAUAUUUUUUCUCAUCAUUUUUGGGGGAUUUUGUCAUCUUGAAUUUUUCAUUUUGGAUUGAAACAGGGAAUAUUGCAGGACUUUGUUGUAUGAGGCUAUGGGACUCUAUUGUGGACAUUAUUCUGAUUAAAAUGAACUGAAAUUUGUGGACAUUUAUUUAUUUCUGUUUUGUGCUGACAUAAACUGAGUGAUUUAAAUCUAACCUUAUAUUAUUUUUGAGGGAUAUUUGGUUACUGAUCUGUUAUUUGUCAGAAUAACUAUUAUUAUUUCUUAGUAUUAUGGUUUUUGAAUAAAUCAUUGUUGCUAAAAAUCAACAAAUUCCAUAUUAA